AUGCUAGGUCCCCGGUUCAUCCGCUCGGCGACACUGAAGCGCCCCUUCAGUUCAUCCGCUGCAGUCUUCCGUGCCCCCUCCAUCAGAGACGUGACAAGUGAUUCAGCUGAGGAAUUCAAUCGACGACAGAAAGAGUUCCGCGAGAACCUGGAACAGGCUCGCAAGAGAAAUGAAUUGCAAGAUAGUCAGUCUGAUGAUUCCUCUGCUUUGUCUUCUACCCCUUCCCGUGAGUCGCCUCCCACUGCUCCGCAUGUGAGCAAUGCGAGCAACUAUGAACGAGUUCGCCCUGCUUUUGACGCGGCUGAGACCCUUGAUCAUGAUUCAUUGGGCUCACUUGCCACCCACCGCUUUCUAGGGCUAGAUCAGCAGCAGUCGGAACCCACUAGCAAGCGGGGCCCGCUGUCCUCGCUCAUCUACGGUACAAAGGAGGGCCAGCAUUACGACAAGGAUAUCGAGCGCUCCUUCUCCCAAGUUCUUGCGCGUGGCAAAUACGUCCACUCCAUCGUUUUCCACGAAGUCCAGCCCGAUAAAGUCGACGAGUAUGUGGAAUUGGUCGGCAAGUGGUAUCCUCGCAUGGCAGGAACGGAAGAGAAUAGGGUAAAUCUGGUGGGCAGCUGGCGCACACAAGUGGGCGACAAUGACACUUUUGUUCACAUCUGGGAGUACCAGCGCUACGAAGGCUACCACACCUCCUUGCACAACAUCUCUACCCACCCUGAUUUUCCCGCAUUCGACCGCAAGCUGAAGAGCCUGAUCAAGAGCAAAAAAACCUCGUUGAUGCAGGAGUUCUCCUUCUGGCCCACGACCCCGCCCCGCAAACUGGGUGGAUUGUUUGAGCUUCGUUCUUACACCCUGCAUCCGGGCAACCUUCUGGAGUGGGAGACACACUGGCGUCGUGGACUUACUGCGCGCCGGGAGGUCAUGGAGGGAGUGGGUGCAUGGUUUGUUCAGAUAGGUGACCUGAACACUGUUCACCACCUAUGGCAGUUUGCCGACCUGGAAGAGCGCAAGUUUCGCCGAGAGCAGUCGUGGAGCAUUGAGGGAUGGGCGGAAACAGUGCAUAAGACAGUGCCUCUCAUUCAGAACAUGAAGAGUCGGAUUCUCGUCCCCAUGCCGUGGAGCCCCGUCGGCUAA